AUGAACGUCAACAUAGACGAAGACGGCGACCUUCUUCUGCGAGUUGGAUCAGAGCUUGAGGAAUCCGAACACCGCCUCUUUCGCGUCUGUUCCUCGGCGCUGCGACGUGCCUCCCCGGUCUGGAAGAAGAUGCUGUUUGGCCUGUGGGCCGAAGCAAAGCCCAAAGAAGGACAGUGGGUCGUCUCUCUCCCAGAUGAUCCAUCGACGGCGCUGGAAGUCAUAUUGGAUAUCAUCCACGCACGCUUCCAGUGUCUGCCUAACACCUUCACGCCUUCCCUCACCCAGAUCUACCAAAUUCUUAUCCUCGUGGACAAGUACGACGUAGUUCACGUCAUUAGACCCUGCGUCAAGGAAUGGACGAAGACACUAGAGAGUGUAACCAAGAUCCCUGCUUCAGAUCGCGCCGCAAGGAUACAUGUGGCUUGGGAACUUGGGAACCACUGGCGCUACCCCAAAGAUCUAAUUGCCGCUGUCUUUCGGCCAUGUGUGGAUGGCCGUAGCGGCGGGCUCGUCUAUGAGUCCUCCAAAACCAACUUUGCACUUAUAAACAGGGACCACUUUGGACCCCCGGAUCUGAUCGAGGUCAUUCAACAGGCCCGACUCAACAUGAUUCAACGAGCACUCGAUUUCUUCCACAAACAAAUCAGUCUGCGGGCAGGGAAUAAUUCUGCAUGCUCUGUGUCUGUGAAGAAGAAGCGGCAGCUCGAUUCUGACUCCGUGUCAGAAAGAAAGAGAUGCGAUAUGCUUAUCCUUAGCGGUAUCUACCGGGGACUGAUGGAAUCUUCCAACGGAAGUCUCUCUGAAAACGCGAGCGACAUAUCGGGAAGACCUGAAAUGCUGCUAGGUGUUCUUAACAAUAUUUUCCAUAAGAUUGAAUUGGAUUGCCUCGAAGGCCACGCAGAUUGUUCGCCGGCGGCCGAG